AAGAAAUCGACAGAGGAACAGCGCGCCCCCGAGAAAAGCACGGAGUCGUUUCAGUUACUGUAUGCUUUACCCAAAUGGAACACAAAUCUGAGUUAUUAUGAUGCACCUUUGCCCAUGACCAACCACGGCAUUCAGAAUAUUGAAUCAUAAGCCUAUAAAGCAUUGGGAAUAUACACAUUUUUCUCGUUUUGUAAGAAGCGUUCUAUAGGGGUUCCGGUGACGGAUUGUUUUUUCUGUCAGGAAAUUGGUUGCAUUAAAAAUACAUUUUACUUUAUGUCGGUGAGCAUCAGGACCUGGAUUUAUGGAAUAUCUUUCGCUUAAGUCUUCUGAACAGUUGGUGCAUGUGUAUCACUUCUAUUCUACAAAGAAAGCACCGUUCUUUCUACUUUUGUUGAGUUCUUCCACUGCAUAUCGGACACCGCGGAGAUGGUAAAAGUUCAGUUAUGCGCCGCACAAUAUAUUUUCUCGAUACAACCAUUCGAUCAUAACUUGUUAUCGAUGCAAAUGUUUAGUUGUGUGUGGUCAACUAUGUGUUGCAUCUGUCUCCUAUAAUCUUACAUAAUUAUUCCGAAAAUAAUAGCCUGCUUUCGUAGUUGAAUAUUCAUCUCCCAUUUCCACCAUGUUGUGUGUUGAAUUACUUUUUUUUCACCUGAUGUCUUUGUUAUAAAAAGUCUGGUGACUGUUUGCAGUUUAUGGAUUUAUAAUAAUUAUUCUGUACAGAGAUGGAACAAUACAGUUAGGAGAGAAAAAGGGCAUUGAACAAAAAGGAAAAAGCUGCACAUUUAGCAGGAAAAGAGGCCAUCAAAAUCACGGAAAUCGCUUCGUCCUUUUCCUUUGGUGUACUGUUACUGUUGCAAAUGGAUUUCAUAAAGGCAACACGGUUAUUGUUACAUCUUUUGUGUUAGUUCACCCGUUCCAUGCUGACAAAAUGUCACUGGGAAAUAUUGAUUAUUGAAUAGAGAAAAUUAUGACGAUGGCCUAUGUUCGUUUUUUCUAUUGUAGUGUGUAAAUUGGGCUUCUUGUUCCACAAUGAAAUGCCAUCGGACGCUUUUCUUUUUUGAUAAAGUUUGGAAAUAUGGGCAAGUUGUCGAACGUUUUUGUGGUGACGGAAGGUUGACACUUUAUUUUUUGGUCACUUUCUGAGCGCAGUCUAAUGUAACGGAUUUUGGACUAUAUUUCUGUUAAAUUAAUUUGGCAUUAGAGAAAUCCAAAUGUAUACGCAUGUACAGUGACGAUCUCGAUGUGACGACAUUGUGUUUUCUAGGCCUACUGCUCAUUAGAAUUUAUAUUUACUGGCUAGUGCGUAACAAACUUUCGUGGACCAGCGCGCGCACUAGUGCCCCCGCACCUGGGGGCAACCCCACCAUGGCGCCCUCAUCCCUCUGUAUCUCGGUGUGGUUGUGUGAGUGAAUCAACAACAAAGACUGGGGAUCAAAGAUGAGGAUGAUGCUCUGGAGAUAACGGUUCAAACUGACGCUGCAGCAUCUCUCCUGAGCACCCAGUUAGAAGUUGAACCAGGACCCCCGCUAGAGGGAACGGCUCUCAUCUUCCAGACAGAGGUUAAUCAUCAGGGAAACAACACAGGAUGUUGAUGGGUGGCACUGCAGAGUGAGGAGUCUGAAGAUCUGAAGAUCUCUGAAGGUGGUUGGCUUGGACAGUGCUCACACACACAUCACCAAAAUGAAUGAGCGUCAGGCUCUCCACUCCAUAAUGAAGGACCUAGUGGCCCUCCAGAUGACGAGGCGCCAGCCUGGGCCCCCUUAUGACACAGGGAAACCCAAGACUCUGCCCAACCCUGCCCCUGCUAAGAGACAGGACGAUGUCAGAAUAAAGUUUGAGUUCAGUGGAGAGAGGAGGAUACUGAUGUUUGGGAGGCCUGUGCAGUUUGAAGAAAUCCAACAGAAGGUCAAGACUGUCUUUGGCCAACAGCUUGACUUGCACUAUAUGAACAAUGAGCUGUCCAUCCCUCUGCGUGGUCAGGACGACCUGGACAAGGCCAUUGACCUGCUGGACCGCAGCUCCAAGAUUAAGAGCAUCAAGAUCUUGCUGCUGACGCAGGAGCAGUGCAAUGCGUCCCCCUCUCCCUCUCCCUCUUCCCACCACACGGUGAGUAAGCAGGUGAGGAUCAAAGCUUCCCAGUCCACGGGUGAUGUCAGCACAGUGUACCAGCCCUCCGAGCCCAGGGGGCGCCACCUCUCCACCAGCUCUCAGAACACAGGCCGUAGCUCCCCCCCUCCUGGCUAUGUCCCUGAGCGGCAGCAGAGGAUCGCCCGCCAGGGCUCCUACACCAGCAUCAACAGUGAGGGAGAGUUCAUCCCAGAGAGCGACCAGUGUGUGCUGGACCCCUGGAGCAGUGCAGAGAACUCUGUCUCAGGAAGCUGCCAGUCGCUGGACAGUAGCUCAGACAGCCCCUCCCUGAGGAAGUCACGCAUGCACCGAGCCAAGAGCUACCCUGAUAACCGGCAGCAGGAGAACGUCUCUGACCGGGAGAACCAUGUGUAUGAUAAGGUGGUGGGGAAGGGAGGGACAUACCCCCGCAGGUACCAUGUCUCCCUGCAUCACAAGGACCAUAGUGAAGGUCGGAGAACGUUCCCGCGGAUCCGUCGCCCCCAGGGUAACCUGUUCACCCUGGUGCCCUCACGGCGCUCCCUCAACGGCAGUGAGGAGAGUCUGGGCAGCUGGCAGCUAGUGGACAAGCAGGGCAGGCUCCGCCCACAGGAGCGCCCUGUCGCACACAAGUCCCCCAGUGCUCCAAUGACGUGGAGGCGGGGCAAGCUGCUGGGCCAGGGGGCGUUUGGGAGGGUUUACCUGUGUUACGAUGUGGACACGGGACGGGAGCUGGCCGCCAAGCAGGUGGUGUUUGACCCGGACAGUCCUGACACCAGCAAGGUGAGACAGCAGGGGGUGCCGGAACAGUAUGCUACGACACAGACUGUUUUCUGCUUUUAUAUCAAAGUCUACUGUUCACAACCAGGCUACUGUAAUGUAUUUAUGCCAAGAUGACUCAGACUCCCCAGCCUGAAGGAGAACUCUGUAUGACUCGAGUUCCCGUGUAUUGUUAAAGAUUGGUGCAGAGGCUUAGCCUGGAGCACCUUUAGCCUGGAGCAAUGCCAAGAAUGAGGUAAUGUGUUCAGCAAGCUACUUUACUCUUAAGAGGCGAUUGUGGAGGAAUGCAGUAUGGUGCUGUGUUUAACCUGACUGAGUUUUACUAGAUAAUUGUUGGUCAACUGUCUUAAACACAAAAGGCGCUAUUCAACGAUCUGUGGUCAGGAAUCAGAUAAACUUAUGCUCUGAAUCACUAACGCAGUCAAAUCCUGACUGAGUGCUCAUCUCUGUCUCUGAGAGCAAUGAACUUUGAGGAGAUUCAAGGGACUUUCUUUCCUUUCGCUCUCCCCCCUCUUUAAUGUCUUUUCCUGUCUGCCACAGAGAAAACAUGCACUGUCACUUCCUGUAUCUGAGUGGAGUAUUUGCAGGGGGGUGAGGAGGGGGAGAGUGGCAGAGCCAGCUUUGCCUUGGCCUCCAAUCACCCCUUAAACUCUCCUCUUCUCUCUUGCACUCUCCCUCUUGCUCCCAUUAUCUUGCUCCCAUUCUCUCUCUCUUCCAUUCUCUCUCUCUCUGUCUCUCUCUC